AAUCUUCCAAAAAUAAUACCUCAUUAUGCAUAAAUGGGUAACCUCAUUUUGUACGCACAAAAAAGAAUGUAGCCUUUUUUGCGCAAAGUUCCAGUGCUUCAAAUGAGGUAAAAUUAAUUAAAAAAAAAAAAAGGGAGGCAUAUUUUGUAUGGAGGGCAAAAUAUGUAGUAAAAACCCCCCUUGCUUACUCUGCCAAAGCGUUCGUCGUACCUUCCUUUUCUCCUUUUACCACACGACCAAAAUGAAGCAUAAAGUGAAACGUGAUAUAAUCAAAUGCAAAAAGAAAUUGGAGAACUCCAUCAAAGCUUUGGAAGAAAAAAUUUUAAGACUCGAAAUAGAAUAUCACCAAAAUUGUAAUGUGAAUGGAGGGAAUUUAAUGAAAGGCUGGGAUAACUACUUGAGGAAGGCACCCCUGGAACCCCUAUGCUUUAAAACGUUUCGAGAUGACUACGGCGACGCGUACAUAGAGCGGAUGCUCUCCCUAACCUCUUGUACCUCCCCGGCGGCUGCUUUCUUUCAAAGUGAGAACGCGGAAAAGGGGAAGCAUAACCAUUAAGGUUGAGGGGUAUAGGAAAUUUCGCCCACCUGCACAAGGGCAGUGGUGUAAGGAGGCGAAGUUGUGUAAGGCAACUCAGUGUUUUAAAGCCCCUGCCUGCUGAAGAUCGCGCCCCAAUUGGGUGCUCCCCUAAGGGCUGCCUUUACUUGAGACAGCACAAAUGUGUCGCGCGGCAUGUAAUAGCUGAAUGAAGGGGAUACCCCCGCUUUGUAACGAUGACCAAGGGCGAAGACCACACUUAGGCAAAACGGCGAAUGCCACGAUGGAACAAAAUGUGUCCAUAACGUGCCGUAGUUAAUCACCAACUGGAGGUACACCUGUAAAGAAACGUAAGCAGUGUGCCAGUUUGUGAGUCUUACUGACGAAUCAUUUAACCGAGAGACAAAAAAAUGACCUUUUUUUUUUUAAAACAAAGUUUAAACAGAGCAGUCGUAUGAGAAAGUGCUCCAAGUGACAAACGGUAAAACUAGGCGAUGGAAAAGAGGUGCCCCAUAAUUGUGCAGAUAGGCCUACAUGUCUGCAAGCAUAUAUAUGUAAAUAUAUGUAUGUUUUUUUUUUUCCUAACUGGCGCGGUUCCCCUCGGGGGUAAUCCCCCCCCUGAGGAAUUACGCACAGGGAAGGGGACCGCAAAAAACUGCUCCUGUGCACACAGCGGAAGAAUCCCCGUCCUCCAUUCUGCUUCGCACGUCGCAGUUCCGUGAACAAAUGCCGCACCUGUUCCACUAAUGACAUAAUGACAUAAUGACAAGCAAUGUUACGCCUUUUCAUUUUUGUAGAAUUUUUUUUUUAAAAAAAUUAAUUUUAAUUUUUUUUUGUAAAAAUCUGCUUCUCCUGAU